UGGCGGUAUGCGCUUAAACGUUGGUUGCACGGCGGCAUGAAGAAGAAGAUGAAGAAGAAGAAGUCGUAGUAGAAGAAGAAGAAAAAAGAGCCUCAUUUACCGAACUAAAAAUGGCGAAUCCCCACCGUAAAAGGAGAGAUUACACCGACGACGGAGGGCCGCAGGAGGAGGGAGGCAGAGUGAAAACUAAGCCUGUCUCUUGUAGCACGGUGGCUGGAGGAGCAACCUCUCUCAAACGCACGUCCCAGCACCUUGCAUCCGAUGACGAGGAUGAAGCCCCAGGAGACCCACCAGCACCACGCAAAGCCACCAAAAUAGACUUCGGCUUGAGCAGUCAGAGUGUAAAAAAGUCCAAUCCCAUAUCAAUCAAACUUGGAGCAAGUAAACCCAAAGAGCCUGUUCCAACACUUCCUGCUAAAAAGCCUGGGAUGCCAUCUGUUUUCAAUGAGGAUGAUGAUAGUGAACCCGAGGAGAUGCCACCAGAGGCAAAGAUGAGGAUGAAGAACAUUGGCAGGGAGACGCCAACAUCGGCAGGACCGAAUUCCUUUAACAAGGGCAAGCAGGGCUUCUCUGAUCACCAAAAACUUUGGGAAAAGAAGCUGAAGGCCCAAGCAGACAAACUGUGAAGACCAUACCACAGUUAAAGUCAAACUAAGAUAGCUAUAAUGGUUUGAAAUGCAACGUGUAACAUUUGCUGCACAUCAUAUCCAAUGGCCGAUAAGAAUGAAUGACGGCUCCUUUUGGUCCUGCUUCUUCAUACCUGAAGCUGGUUAGGUAUACUUCCAAGCUAGCUUUUUUCAUGUUUGUGUAUAAAUGUACAUAGCAGUGUGAUUGUUUUUUGUUUUUUUUUUAAAUUCAUUUGUUUGAGCAUGAGUGCGGAUUUUUAGCUUCUCAUCACCUCUGUAGUUUUCACCAGCCUUGCCAGCCCGUGUUUCUCUGUUGUGCUUAGGUGUUUAGUCACAAUUUCUCAAAUUACACGUGCUUUCUCAUCUGCUUUCUCCUUAAAAAUGAAAGUGUGUUUAAAGAGCCAGAUGAUACACCUUACCUUGUCAAACCUUUGAAAUAUGAGUAGCAAAAUGGAGGAAUAUUGUCGUAUUAAGCCUAUUGAAAAGUCAUUACAACAUAUUUUGAGUAGUUUGGGUGAUUUAAAUAAAAAUAUUGCAGUCUUGAUGUAGUCAUAUCACCCAAAUUGGAAAGUUUACACUUGGAAUGUAUGUUAAUGCUUGCUGUUUGUGUUGUGCUGGCUUGUGGUGACCUCAAAAAUGUAACCAAGAAAACAAAUGUUACAUUUAAUCUGUCACAUGUCUCUUAUGUCAUUUAUGUUCCUCCUAAAUGAAUAAUGUCAUAAGUUACGUACGUAUAUUAGUUAUAUGUUAAUCUCAGUUAAAAAAUGAUGUGACUAAACACUAUGGAGCACAUGUUUUAACGUACAACCCAAUAAACAUUUUGG